AUGUCCUAUAACUACGGUCCUCCUCCACCGGCUCCUCCGCCGGCACCACCGAGCAGUGCCCCGGCUGGCUAUCCCUCGUACGGUCCUCCUCGCGGUGGUCACAGCGGCAGAGGCCGAGGCGGCCACGAUCGGGGUGGGUAUCACCAACCGCAUCCCGGCUACAACUACGGCCAGCAACCCGCCUACGGACCUCAGGCUUCAGCUCCCUACCCCGGUCCUCCUGCCCAGCCCGGCUACCCCCAGCCGCCGCAGCAGUCGUGGCACCCCGAGCAUGGACAACAGCACCCACCCCAAGGUGCACCGCACGCCCCGCUGCCGGCCCAGAACUACCAUCCCAACUACGCCCCUCAGAUUUACCAGCAACCACCGGCAUAUGGCGGUCAGCCUUCAUACCAAACCCCUCCUCAGCCGCCGUAUAGCCAGCCCUAUCCUGCUCCGUCGCCUCACAGCGGUCCUCCCUCUCAGCAGUGGGGUGCUCAUCCUCCGCCCACGGCUCACGGAGCAUACGGUGGCGGACGUGGUGGGCGUGGUGGUUACAAUGACCGAGGCGGUCCAAAGGGGCAGUUGAUGGGUCCUCCGAUUCGCUUGGGAUUUGAUGGCGGCCAACCUCAGACGGGGCCCGCUCCAGUGAGCGCUCCCUAUCCGUAUGGCGCGGCCCCUGCUCCUCCUCAGGCACCAUACCCUCCUCCCUAUCAAGGCUAUCCGCCUCCGGCCCCAUACAUGCCCCCUGCGCCGUCGUUUGACGCUCACUCUGCUCACGGCCCUCGGCCUCAUGGCCGCGCCGGUUUCAACCAUAGCAAGUCUCGGUCUCAUUUUGGUGGCGACAAGAAUCGAGGUCGCAACCAUAGUCAGAAUCAAACCAAGGGACCGACUGUUCAGACGCCUGCUACCCAGCAUCAGAAGCCUGAUGCUCCUGCUCCGUCAGCUGGCAAGAAAAAGAAGCGCAAGACCAACACUCUUGGCUUGACGCCUGGCGACGACUCGGACGAAGAUGACGAGAACGAGGAACAGCGCCUCAAUGAGAUGUAUGGGGCGGACGCUCCCAAUCCCAAAUCCUCAUCUGAGAUUGCUGCGUGGAUUGCCGAGCGCCGCGCCAGGUUCCCGACCAAGAGCAGGAUUGAGGCCAAGAAAGCCGCCGCCAAGGCGCAGAACCGCGAUGUCAGCCAGAGCAAGAGCAGCGCCCUGGAGCAACGGGCCGAGAAGCUCCGCAAGGAGCUAGAAAAGGUGGAGUCGAGCAUCAAGCGAAAGCGCGAGCAGCAGGAUGAAGGCGACGAGAUGAGGGAUAUUGACGUGAGCCCGUCGAGCGAUGUCAAGUCGGAUGACGAGAAGCCUGAAGUCAUGUCGACUCGUCAGGAGACCAACAAUGUCCCUCCUCCGCCGAGAAAAGCGGAUCCGACCAAGCAUUGCAAGUAUUUCUCGACCGGAGGCACGUGUGGCAAGCGGGGCAAGUGCCGCUUCGUCCACGACCCCGCCGUCCGCGAAGCCGCACUUAAAGCGCGCGAGCUGAACGGCGGCCGCAUGACUCUGGAGCAACGCCUCCUGUUGAAUGACAAGGACCAAGAAGACCUCGCUAUCGUGGAAACCCUCAAGUACCUCCAGGACAAGGGCGUCCUGCCCAAGAAGACUUCGGAAGCCGCGGCAUCAGACGAGCACGCGAGCGCCGAGGUUUCCCCCGUUCCGGCACCCGGGGAAUCCAGCAAUGGCCAUGGCCUGCCGCCCAUACCCCCUGCCCCUGCCUCCUCGGACGGCAGCAACGACAACAGCACAAGCAAGUACUCUGGCUGGAACCUGAGCGGCUUUGGGAACACGGGCGUCAGGUCGAGCGAGUAG